AUGUGGGCCGCGACGGCGCAUCGCCAAUCAACACGCCGCGCGCGACGUGUGAUCGCUACGUAUCGCUUGCGCGGCGGCCCGCAGUUCGACGAUCGACGCCAGGCGCUCGAAGUUGCUCAGACGCUACCCGAUUACCACACGGGCCCCGUGGGCGAAGGUGGGUGGCUCAAGGCCCUCGGCGAGGCCUCGCACGUGCUCUGCGUCCACGGCGGCGGUAAUGACCUGAACCCGCGGCUCUUCGAAGCAUUGUGGAUGGGCGCGCUGGAUCUCGGCCUCGUCAAGGACUCGACGGACGCCGCGAUGCUUCGGGGACGCGGCCCGUUCGAGACGACGAUGAGUUUUGGCGGCCGCGACGCGGCUUCGAGCUUCGGCGACGCGAGCGCGAUCGUCGGCGCCAUCGUCGACAUGACCGUCGCGGCGGACGCGAAGUACUUCGUCGGCGGUAUGGGCAUCUCGACCUUUGACAGGGGCGUCGUCGACAUGCGGAGCACGCGGGACCAGUACCGCGCGGCGCCGGCGACGCCCGCGAACUGCACCUUCAUGGUCCGGCGCCACCGCGGGCAGGAGCCGUCGCUCCGGCACUUUACGUCGUUUCCGUGA